AUAAAACAGCAGUCCUCUUGUUCUUUUGUCCUCGUACGAGACAAAUAUUUGUCACGAAAAACUUAAGUAUAUAGAACUGAUCAACACACUCACAAAAUAAAAAAAAUAGUAAUUUGUAACUGAAUUCACGUAACAACAAACCAAGCAAUUCAAUCUAUUCAAGUAACAACAUUUCAAAAAAUUGUGGUUUCACUUGCUACCUGUACAAAAUUUAUUGCAUCAAUUUUUUAUUUUUUUUUAUUUUAUAUAAACCCAUUGUUUUUCCUUCAUUUCUCAAUUGGGUUCCUUUUGUGUGAUAAAUCUUUGAAUUCCAUAAUUUUAUAACUGCAUUUAUGGAUUCUGAUUCAUCAGAUGGGUCAAGCGGGUCGGGUGGUUCAGAUUUCGGGUUUGCAUUCAACGAUAGCAAUUUUUCGGAUAGGGUUUUGAGUAUUGAGAUAAUACCCGACCCGAAAUUGAAAAUUGAAAUUGAAGAUGUUGAAGACAUUGUUUAUUGGGCUAGGAAACGCAAAAGAAGAAGAGAAGAAAUGAAAGAAAAUAAUGAUGCAAAAGUGGACAUGGUCAUGCAACGUGAGGAGCAGGCAGUAAAUUGUGAUGUGCUGGAAAUGGAAGAUGGUCUUGCUGAUGAUGAACGAGAAGAAGAAGAAGCUGUAGGAAUGCUUGAGGAAUUGCCUUCCGCCAUAGAGAUGACCACUAAUCCCCCUGGCGAUGAUGAAGCUUCUGAAAAACAUAAUUCAUCUACGAACAUGGACUCAUCAAAAUCCCUUCAUGUGAGAACUUUACAUAUCAGUUCUCCCAUUUUGGCAGCUAAGAGUCGAUUCUUUUAUAAGGUGUUCUCAAAUGGCAUGAAAGAGUCGGAGCAAAGGCACGUAACUAUACAAAUCCAUGCGUCGGAAGAAGCUGGCUUCAUGGACCUGUUGAAAUUUAUGUAUAGCAAUACUUUAACAACUACAAGACCUACUGUUGUCCUUGAUUUGCUGAUGGCUGCUGACAAAUUUGAGGUUAAGUCAUGCAUGAGAUACUGCAGCCGCUUACUGUGGAGUCUUCGCAUGACGUGUGAAUCAGCUUUGCUCUAUUUGGAGCUUCCUUUCAAUAUAUUAAUGGCUGAUGAAAUUCUGCCAUUAACAGAUGCUGCAAAACAGUUUCUUGCUUUACGUUUCAGGGAUAUAACCAAGUUCCAAGAAGAGGUAUUGGAUUUGCCUCUUGUGGGAAUUGAGGUUGUUCUGUCCAGUGAUGAUCUUCAGAUUGCUUCAGAGGAUGCUGUCUAUGACUUUGCGUUGAAGUGGGCUCGUAUCCAUUACCCAAAGCCUGAGAAACGACGGGAAAUAUGGAAAUCACAUCUUUGUCACCUCAUUCGGUUUCCAUGCAUGACAUGCAGGAAGCUGAAGAAAGUCCUAACCUGCAAUGAGUUUGAUUCUGAGCUUGCUUCAAAGCUUGUCUUUGAGGCUCUUUUUUAUAAGGCCGAAGCACCGUAUAGGCAGCGGUCAAUUGCUUCAGAGGCGGGAAAAAAUUUAAACUAUCGUUAUGUGGAGAGGGCAUACAAAUAUAGACCUAUUAAAGCUGUCGAGUUUGAAAAGCCUGGUCAGCAGUGUGUUAUUUACCUAGAUUUGAAAAGAGACGAGGUUGCUUGCCUCUUUCCUGGUGGUAGAGUUUAUUCAGAGGCUUUCCAUUUGGGUGGACAAGGUUUUUUCCUGUCAGCUAAUUGCAACAUGGAUCAACAAGGUGCAAUACAGUGCUUCGGGUUGUUUCUGGGCAUGCAAGAGAAAGGGUCAGUAUCAUGUCCAGUUGAUUACAAGUUUGCAGUUCGUACCAGUCAAGCCGAGGAGGAAUACGUGAGCAAAUACAAGGGUAACUACACUUUCACAAGUGGCAAGGCUGUUGGCUGCAGGAACCUGUUUGGUGUAAGUUGGAGCGCGUUUCUGGGUGCAGAUAGUAUAUAUUUCAUCAACGGAAUUCUCCAUCUUCGCGCCGAGCUUACUGUCAGGGAAUAGAGUGUUUAGAAGCCAGAGUCCUGAAAGGUUUACAUUGUAGUGUUAUCUUAAUGUCUUUAUUUACAGUGCACCACAUAUGAGCAACAGUUUUGUGGGUUAUAAUGCUUUUUGUUACCUGUUGCCAUAUAUGCACUGUUGUAAAUUAGGAUUAUAAUGCCUUUUGUUACCUGUUGCCAUGCAUGCUCUGUUGUAAAUUAGUAAAGUCAAACUGGUUGAGUAGUUUCAUAUUUUGAUCUUAUAGUGACUUUGCUCAUCCUGA